AGCUGGUCUGUUGCAACAACUGAAAAUGGGGAAAACCGCGGGGCUAUAAAAUUGCAUUCGUGCUCUUUGGAGGUAUCCAUUUAGUUUGUCAAGAUGUGGCGAGUGGAAGGUCCUGGCAGGGAUUUGGGCUGCACUCAGCUCCUGUUGCUCGUUUACAUCUAUCUCGGCUGUCUUGGAGAUUGCCUUUUUGUGACUGAUUAUUUUACCCGGACUCCACGGAAACUAAAUGCAUACCGGUCAUUCGCCAGUGUGGAGCUGUUUCAUUUCCAUGUUCCUGAUGACACUAUGGUGGCUGUCUGGAACCUCAUCACAUUCAAAGAGCAAGGCGGCACUUUUGGCGACAGUUGUCCUGAUCGCAAUGUCACAGUGUAUUUCAGAUCUGGAGCACCACCUGUCAUCAACCCACUUCAAACAAGAUUUCCAAAGGAUACGGUCAUUCCUGGAUCAUUUGCAGUAACUCUAACAUGGACACUACCCAACAGAACCACAGGAGUGUUUAAUGUAUCCAGCCCCUUGCCCGGAGACUGGUUUCUCGCUGCGCACUUACCAAAAGAUGAAGGAAAAAUAUCUGUCAAGGGACUCUAUGAAGAAUGUCAGUACCUCUUUCAGCCUCAAUUAAUUGUGCAGAGAAUGAUUAGUAUUCCAGUCCUGUAUCCCGGAUAUUUGAUAGAUCAGAUGAUCCCUGUUCACAACAGAUCAGCACUCUAUAAAGUGUUUGUUCCAAAUUACAUCUCCAGAGUGAGUGUGCAACUUCUAGACUGCAGCACAAGUAAUAGAACAUUGGAGAACUGUCCAGUCAUUCUGAAGAUAAGAGCCAAAGCACCUCCACUGCAGAACUCGACAUUUCUUGACUGUAAAGAUCGGAAGCCUUGUGAACUGGACACAAACUUGCCCUUCUGGGAACAGUGGUACUAUAUUAUGGUGGAAAGAUAUGUUGGGAAUGUCAAUAUCUAUUUCCGGAUUGGAGUUCAAGUGAAAGAUUGUUCCAAGAGCAGUGCUUCCAAAAGUACUCUUCCAAAUUCAGCACUUAAUAUGCCACAGUCUUUCAGCAUGCCGAUGGGUUUAUCGCUUAGUGACUCUCUGCCUUCUUCUGCCUUACCGGCUACACCACAAAAUGUCACAGAUGGCCCCACUUUCAUAACCGAGGAAAAUGUCAUGCAUCUGUCUCUGAAUCAUGAUUUAAACAAAUGCUGGCCUAUAAGACCAACUCUUCGAAAUGAACUGGAUACUUUUUCUGUUCACUUUUAUAUUUUUUUUGGGCCCAACAUUUCUAUCCCUCCUGACAGAGCAGCCGUGUUUGCCAUUAACCUCAUGCCUGUCCUUGAUAGUGGAGGAGUACUGAACCUGGAGUUAAAGCUGAAUUUGUCUUCUCUGAAGGGUGAAAAUGUGACAGUCGUUGGUUGCCUAAAUCAUGGGAUGCCUCUUACUUCAAUGGAAAAUUCCUCAGUCAACUGUGCCUCAGAGUCAUCAGCAGGAUUUGUCUUGACUGUUAAUUCCUCAGCUAAUGUCACCAAAUUAAGGAUUCCAUACCCACAGACUGGAACUUGGUACCUCAGUUUGCAUUCUCUCUGUGCAACAGGUCAUGGGUUCGGUGUAUGCACUAAUGUAACAGCUGAAGUGUACCUGAGGUCUUAUCUUACACCCUGCAUCAAUGACUGUGGUACAUAUGGACAGUGCAAACUCCUUCGCACCAAUAACUUCCUGUAUGCAGCUUGUGAGUGCAAAGCAGGAUGGGAUGGCUGGGGGUGUACAGACAACUCAGCAGCAUAUUCCUAUGGAUUUCAGCUCUUGUCUACCCUCCUACUCUGUCUUAGUAACCUGAUGUUUGUCCCUCCUGUUGCCAUUGCCAUUCGGAAUCAUUACCUCCUUGAAGCAUCUGUCUAUAUUUUUACCAUGUUCUUUUCAACAUUUUACCAUGCCUGUGACCAACCUGGAAUAGUAGUCUUCUGCAUCAUGGAAUAUGAUGUUCUGCAGUUCUGUGACUUCUUGGGCUCUCUAAUGUCAGUGUGGGUUACUGUCAUCGCUAUGGCACGACUCAAGUCCAUCAUAAAACAGGUGCUGUACCUUCUGGGAGCUAUGCUGCUUUCAAUGGCUUUGCAGUUGGAUCGACAUGGCUUGUGGAAUCUCCUUGGCCCUAGUCUCUUUGCCUUAGGAAUUAUGGCUGUUGCCUGGACAGUGCGCACAAUCCGAAGACGUCGCUGCUAUCCUCCCACUUGGAAACGUUGGGUUUUCUACCUCUUUCCAGGCUCCAUGAUUGCCACUUCUGCUGUGGCAUUGUAUGCCUUUGUAGAAACUGAAGAAAACUACUUCUAUAUUCACAGCAUUUGGCACAUGCUGAUUGCUGGUAGUGUUGGCUUUCUGCUUCCUCCACGUGCCAAACCGGAUGACAAGGUCACACCCAUUCAAAGGAGGAGAGGAUGCGGCUAUCAGCUCUGUGUCAAUGAACAUGAGGAAAUGGGCCUGGUUGAUCCAGCUAUUGUGUCCAUUAACAGCAUCUGUACGAGUUGAUAUUCUUGGCUUAAAAGACUCAAGUUGCCUUCUGUUAAAAAAGAAAGGAAACAAAGCCAGAGAACUCAAGAACAUUGUACAUAGCCACAAGGACUCUAGUUUUGUUCUUCUUACUUUAUUGUACCUUAUUUAAGCAUUCACUUUCUUUCAUUUUGUCACACAUAAAACACAUAUUUGUAUAAAGCAUUAUUUUUUAAUUUAAUUGAAUCACUGCUGCUAUUUUUAAGUGACUGUAAAAAGGUGCUGUAAUAUUUAUUGUAAAUGCCAUGUUUUACAAAAAAAGAAACAAACAGAUUUCAAGUCUAAACCAAAUGUUUAACUUCAUUUGGAAACAAGGGCACGGCUUUUCUUUGGACUUAUCUUUUGCACUGGGAUAUCACCCCCAAACGACUUUUCCUUUCAGUUUUAUUUAUACCUCCAACAAAAUGUUAUAAAAUGAACAAUUUUUUGUUCUGUAACAUGUUUGGUAAUCUGUGAGAAUGCUUUUACAGACGUAUUGUUAUGUCUUGUGUCAGAUAUGAAAAAGGCUGUUAUCUUGUGUAGGCGCAACAGCUUUGUUGCAGAGUGCCAGGUGGGAUUUAUGUUAUGUGCUGGAGCUUCCCUGCAUUUUAAGAGCCGUAGUGGUCAGCUGAUGAAUAAAGAUUUUACAGUUGUCAUGAUCAUGUUAUGGUUAUUUCAACGUACUUUGGCUUUCAAUACAUCAACUGUAAUUAAAUCAACAUGUGCUAUGGAUUAUUUUUCAUGGAAACGUUAAAAUUAAAUGGAUGUGACUUAACAGGCCAAAAGCAAGUAAACCAGCGGUGUCUUGUACAAAGUGAUUUUACAACUUGUAUUAAACUUUUUUCAUAAAAAUGUCACAUCCUUUUUCAAAUAAAGUUUGUGUUUGUCUCUAACUUUCUUUAAAAAAAGAAAA